CUUUAUAUUAUACAUUAGAAUUAAUGAUUUCAAAUUCACCAGAAGCUGAAAAACUCAAGGAAUUAGGAAAUGAGCAAUUCAAAUUGAGUAACUUCCCAAAAGCCAUUGAACUCUACACUGCCGCUGUUGAAAAGGCAGCUGGCAAUCAAAGACUUGUUUGUCUAUCAAAUAGAGCAUUUGCACACAUCAAAAUGGAAAACUAUGGGCUGGCUAUCAUCGAUGCAGACGAGAUUUUGAAGGAGGAUUCUGGAUUCAUUAAGGCUUAUUACAGAAAGGGUUCAGCUUAUUUAUUAUUGGGCAAGUUCGACGACGCUAGGAAGGAAUUCAAAAGAGCUGACACUCUCACCCAAGGAAAGGAUGCCGAUAUUUAGGCUAAAUUGAAAUAAAUCAAAUAGGCAAUCUAUGAACGAGAAUUUGCAAAAUCCAUAGAAAGACCAGAUGAAGCUAGUGAGCCAAUCGAUAUCCAGGACAUCCAUGUUGAACAAGGGUACGAUGGACCAAGAAUUGACAACGAUAUCAGUGAAGUUACACCAGAAUGGUGUGAGAAUUUGAUGAAUCACUUUAAAGACCAAAAGAAGUUGCAUAAGAAAUAUGCAGUCAUAUUAUUACAAAAGGUAGGAGAAAUAUUGAAAUCUCAACAAAACGUAGUGGAGUAUGAUGUUCCUAAAGAUCUUGAGUUUACUGUUUGUGGAGACACUCAUGGACAAUUCUUCGAUCUCAUAAACAUAUUUAAAAUAAAUGGAAAUCCAUCAGUGAAAAGACCUUACCUAUUCAACGGAGACUUUGUGGACAGAGGGUCUUGGAGUGUCGAAGUCAUGAUGACUCUGUUUGCAUGGAAGGUGUGCAAUCCAGAUAUCAUGCAUUUGACAAGAGGCAACCAUGAAAGCAGGAACAUGAACAAGUUGUAUGGAUUUGAAGGGGAAGUCAAACACAAGUAUGAUGACAAGGUUUAUGAAUUGUUCUAAACUGUUUUCAACUGUUUACCAUUGGCUUACACUCUAUCCAAAUAAGUGAUGGUUGUUCAUGGAGGAUUGUUCUCCAAUGAUGGUGUCACUAUCAGUGAAUUAUAGAAAUUAAAUCGUUUCAGAGAAAUCCCUGAAGGUGGUCCCAUGGCUGAUAUGUUGUGGAGUGAUCCCAUCAAGUAGAAUGGAAGACAUCCAAGUAAGAGGGGCAUUUCGAUCUCCUUUGGACCUGACAUUGCUCAUAAAUUCUUGAAUGAGAAUGGAUUAUCUCUCUUGGUGAGGUCGCAUGAGAUGAAGGAUCAAGGGUAUGAAGUAGAGGCUGAUGGGAGAGUCAUCACCAUUUUCUCUGCUCCUAAUUAUUGUGAUCAAAUGAAAAAUAAGGGGGCUUUUAUCAUAUUUAAGGGAGGGGAAAUGAAGCCCAAGUUCAUUCAAUUCGAUGCUGUGGAACAUCCUAAGUUACCACCCAUGGCUUAUGCUAGAAAUUAUGGAAUGUUUAUGUGAAAAAAACACAAUAUUAAAUUUAUGUUUUUGUGCAAAGAAUAAUUCGCAAUAUAUUAGUAUUA